AUGAGACGGCCACCAGAGAGCCUCCAGGCGCUCACGCCGUUCCCGACGGUCGAGGCACGAGUGCACGAAUCAACAGAGCUCUGGGCGCGCGACCUCCGAAGCCUGUUCGAGCAUGCGCGCGACCGCUUCGCCGACGUGUCCUGGGAAACGGAUAGUGGCGACCGCGUAUGGGCGCAUAAAGCCGUUGUCUACGUCCGAGCACCCAAGGCAUUCAAGGACCGCUACUUCUUAACCAACAAGACUAUAUCACGAUCUCCAACCAGUUUCAGCGCUCAGGCGCCCACUCCUUCUCCUUACCCUGUUGGGUCGUCCUUGCUGCCACCAGGCUACGCACGAAGGACACCCAGCCCAUCCUUGUUCCGGGAGAGCACUGCGUCGAUUGACACUGCUGAAAGCGACGGGACGCUCCGUGCCCCCACCUUGGGUGCAGGCGACGGGGUUCUCCGCCUCGGCCACGACGACGCGCCCGAGCUCUUCCGCGCACAGCUUGAAUGGUUGUACACCGGCGAGGGCUUUGGCGACGUUGUCGAGUGGAUUAGCGAGGAAGCUGGGGGCUCUAAUGCCAAUGUACGCGACUCGCUUGGUCGCCGCGGCGACCUUGCAGACCGCAGGGACAAGCUUGGCCAAGACCUCACCUACAUGUGGACAUCAAAGCUGUACUGCGACGUCCGCAUUCACCUCGAAACCCCCGAUGGCGAAGGCUACAAUUCCGACACGUCCGCGGGUUCUGACGAUUCCCUGUCGUCGACAGUCAUCUUCACCGCUCAUCGCUUCAUGCUCGCGUCACGCUCACCCUACUUUUCGACUGUGCUUCUCAACCCAAGCCAAUUCCGCCCCGUCACAGCCGACAUUCACCUCCCUACCCCUCCUUUCACCCCCGCAGCCCUGCACUUUUGUCUGGGCUGGAUCUAUGCGGGUCACCUCGAUUUCUCCAACCGCUCCUUUGAUCUCUUGACCGCAUUCCAAAUCUACCGUGCUGCCAGCUACCUGCAACUGGAGGCUCUUGCCGACGAGCUCGAGUCACGCCUUGUACACGACUUUUGUCACGGCCUCGAAUGGAGUCGCUGUCACUGCCGCAAGUGCAUUGGCCGCGUCUCGCGCAUCUGGCGCUUUACCACUGGUGGCGACGUUGGCGCACUGGAGCUGCACCGUCGCUGUCGCAGGUUCAUCCUGAGCGGCUGGGCCGAAUGCUGGGGCCGUGAGGUUGGCUUGGCCGACAAGGGCGAGCGGGACGACCUGGUCACGGACGUCAUCUCGACGCUUGGCCCCAGCAACGUCGUCACCUCGUUCCGUGGCAUUGAGCGCGUCCGCGCUCGCAUGGAGCACGGCAUUCGCACCAAGGGCGCCGACGCUGCCAUCUGGGUCGACGCGCUCGGCGACAUGAUCGAGGUCGUCGAGAAGCGCGCGCGCGAAGUCCUCGCCACCCAGUUUGCCGCUGUGUGUGAGAGCAAGGAACUCUGGGACGUCAUGGCCGGCAAGGGCUUUAGCGAGGACGUUCUCGACCACGUCUUGCGCGAAAUUGUCGACAUUGCAGGCCGCCCACCGAUCUUUAUCGAAUCGCCCAAGAUGUACCAGACUGUUGUCUCGUCCAUUCUCCUCAAGGUCCACCCCGAUACUUUGGAGACUGCUCUCCCGCCGCGCGGUCUGAGCCGUCAAAAGAUUGAGCAGGCCAAGGAAGGGAUCCUCGUGCACAUUCGCCGUCGAUGGAUGCAAAUCAAGGAAGACGGCGGGUUUUUGGGACUUGAGCCCUGGUCGUUGAAGGAGAUUAGCGAUGAAAUCGAAGUACCUGUAGACGACCUCCUUUCGGCCCGACACGUCACAUUCCCUCGCUCUCGCGACAAGGGCUUCCCGCGGACAUCGUCUCGGGCCACUGGUCUCAGUGAGGCUGAUAGCUCUCGCACGCGCACGGCGUCGGACGCAAGCCACACUUCGACGUUGCGGUCUGCCCCCGUACAGACCCCUGAGCCGCCCGAGCCCAAUGGCCUGCGGCGUCUGCGUCUAUCGAGUUCUGCGUCAACCAGUUCGGCCGUCUCGGUGCGCACAGCAGCGUCGCGUACUGCGUCUACUCAACGACGUACCACACCUACUACUGGCCCACAGGCACGUAGUCCAACGGCUGCACACAAGACAUUUGUGGUUUCGGUCGGCAAAUCUAGGGGCACGCCUGGUCCAAGUGGAACCAUGAGUCCUACCCCUCCACGUCCUGGUCAGGUCAUGACAGGUCCACCAAGACCACUCCUGACUGGCAAGUCUGUGGGGUCGAGGGUCAAGGAGCGCAUAGAGUCCCCGGCAUCGCCCUCGCCCCCUGCGUCGCGACCUGGUACUCGUACUGGUUCUCGUCCACAGUCACCAACCCGUGGUCUGCGUCACCAGAUUUCAAUGGCGUCCGUUAGCUCCGUUGCCACGUCGCGUACAUCGGCGACUGUUCGCUCGACAACAUCGACAAGGACGGCUACGGGACUGACGGGACCGACAAAGGCGUCGUCAUCGAGCACCGCAGCUGGCAAAGCGCCAGUCGGCAAGGCACCUGCCAGACCGGCUACAGCGGCCGCAACGACUAGGCCGGCGACGGUGACAAGACCGACGACCACUCCUGCAACGCGUACGGCCAGGCCGACCGUCACUGCUGCCAAUGGUACUCCCAAAGCUUCCAGUUCCAGUGCGACCACCAGUACUGGUACUCCCAAAGCUUCCGGUUCCAGUACGACCACCAGCACUGCCAGAACUCCCAUCAGCGCUGCUGCUACUGCCAAUGGGAAGGCUCCUGUCCGCGCAGCGCUGGCCACAAAGCCAGUGUCUGCGGCCACUGCGGCUGUCCGUCAGCGUACAAUGUCGGCCGUCAGCACUAGCUCUGUUGUCAAACCAGUGGCGCCGCGCACACGGACUAUGUCGGCAUCCAGUUCAAAAUCUCGAGCCCCGACGGUGGCUCCUGGUGCGGUGCCGGACGUGCCCCCUGUGCCAAAGACAACGACCACGACCAAGCAGCCGGUCGUCACACCCUCUGCGAGCCGGACGUCCCUUGCGAGCAAGGCGUCUAUUGCUGCAGCCAGAGCGACUACUGCCAGGCCAUCCGACCCCAAGACGGCUGCUGCGGCAAAGACACCAACGUUACGGCCAUCUGCUUCUACAAAGUCGCUCGGCGCUCGUUCCACGGUAUCGGUCAAGACCACCAAGACAGCGGUCUCUACCACACCAAAGACGCCUACCGUCUCCAAAGCCCCUACCAAGCCACCUGCCAGGACCCCGUCCACUCCAUCCGACACUCUUCAGACACCUUCUACUGGUUCCAGCACUCGCGUCCGCGCAACGUCGCUGAACCCAAAGGAGACUCCUCCGUCUAUCGCCCGCCAGCGUACGGCAUCGUCGUCGGCGCCCUGGAAACGCGCGACCCCUCUUCCACCCACCGUCGCUGGCGUGAAGCCGCGUGGGUCUAUUCGUUCCUCCUCUGGAUCCACCGAGGGUCCUCCCGAAGCGAUUACCCCGCGCCUCUCGGUUGUUGAGCCCAUUAUCGUAUUGGAUGACUCUGCUACCAACAGCCCGGUACUCGCCGAGUCGCCAAACGAAAAGUCGCGCCGGUCGUCCGACUCGGACAUUCCGCCCGUGCCUCCCCUCCCAUCGGUGGUGGUGGAAGAGGUGAAGGUGGUCGAUGAGCCCACGGUCAAGCUCGAGGAAGUUGGCAAUGGACAGGCCGAGGUUGUGUCCCCCAUCUCGGUCGUGAUCAGCCCGACACCUGAGGAUGAGGCUGUCCCAACGACGCCAACAAUUAUCGAGCCGGUUGCUCCUGUUGAGCCACCUGUGGUUCAACAACCAGUGGUGCUCCCAGCUACGGUGGAACAGCCCGCUCCCAUUGUGAAGGCUCCCACUGUUGGUCCUGUGAAAGCGCUUGAGCUUGCUGCAGUGAAGGCUCCAGAGCCUGCUGUGAAACCCCGGACUACCGCCGCUACCGUGAAGCCGGAGCCCACGGCGAAGGUUCCCACUGUGGUCGAGCCUGAAGCUCCAGCCAAGGUUCCAACUGUGCCCCCUCCUACUGUCGUCGAACCUCCGCCCACCCCGGCCAAGGUGGCUCCUGCCGUUCCCACUAUGGCCGCCCUCCCCAAAGCGACGAUGAGCGCGGCCAACCCUCCUCCAACCCCUCCCAAAAACCCGAGGCGAUCAUUCGCACCCCCAGCCACACCACCAAAGAUGGAGCAGCCUCUGCCUCGUGCGGCCAAGGCCCCUCCUCCAAGCUUCCCCUCUACUUCUCCCGUGCCCACCAUCGCCAGUGUGGAAGACAGCCCUCGCAGCGGCUUUGCCGGUACCAUGUCUCGCAAAGUCAGCGAGACGGGUAGUGUGCGCUCUGUUCGCUACCAUCCGGCUCACGCGUUUGACCCACCUCCACGGAAGCCAUCUGUGUCGGCGGCGCCACCCGCCCCGCCGAAACUGGAGGUUGAAGACGGCAAUGUCCCCUUCAAGGGCAGCGGCGUCACGCUGCACGUCGGCAUCCCCUGCAUUGUGACACUCUCGACGCGUCGUGCGCGUUUCCGUGCCAACGUCAAAUACCUCGGCACCAUGGCCAACGCCCGCGGGCCUUGGGUCGGUCUCGAGGUCGACGACUUGGACCGCUUUGGCGUCGAGACGCUCCCGACCGGCGCCAAGAGCGGUGUCCGUUAUUUCCACUUUUCUCCCCCCGACGCACCAGCAGGCGACGAAGCGAGGUCAAUCCGCCAGCGCCGCAUCUCGGCCAUUGCCGACUCGUUGUCCGGCCGCGGUGUGCGCCGCCCCAAUGGUCUUGGCCUGGCCGUGAACGGCAACAACUCGCUGGGUCCACCAGCCGACACGCGCCGCGCGGCCAGCCCCUUUGUCGCAGACUGGACAGCGCCAGAAAAGCCCAGGGCGCUGUUUGUGCGUCCCAGCGAGGUCUUGUUCGUCAUGGGCGCCGAGUAG